CUGCUGUGCCUCAAAGCCAGAGCCCCAGAGCCAGCACAGCAGGCCUCUGACCUGCAAGCCACAGUGGCUGCCCUUUGCGUGCUUCGAGGUGGAGGACCCUGGGCAGGAAGCUGGCUGAGCCCCAAGACCCCGAGGGCCAUGGGCGGGGAGCUGGUAUCUGGCCUGGGGGCCCUGCGGCGGAGAAAACGCCUGCUGGAGGAGGAGAAGUGGCUGGCCGGCUGGGCACUGGUGCUGGCGGGAAUUGGCAUCGGACUCAUGGUACUGCAUGCGGAGAUGCUGUGGUUUGGAGGGUGUCCGUGGGCGAUCUACUUGUUCCUGGUUAAAUGCUUGAUCAGCAUUUCCACAGUUUUGCUCCUUUGCUUUAUCUUGGCCUUUCAUGCCAAAGAAGUCCAGCUGUUCAUGACGGACAACGGGCUCCGAGACUGGCGAGUGGCGCUGACCGGGCGGCAGGUGGCUCAGAUCUUGCUGGAGCUGGCUUUGUGCGGGCUGCACCCAGCCCCGAUCCAGGGCCCGCCUUGCCCACCGGGUUUGAGGGCGCAGCUCGCCUCCGGGCAGUCCUGGCCGGGCUUCCUGGACCAGGGGGAGGCGCUGCUGUCGCUGGCCAUGCUGCUGCGCCUCUACCUGGUGCCGCGCGCAGUGCUGCUGCGCAGCGGGGUGCUGCUCAACGCGUCCUACCGCAGCAUCGGUGCGCUCAACCAGGUCCGCUUCCGCCACUGGUUCGUAGCCAAGCUGUACAUGAACACGCACCCCGGCCGCCUACUGCUCUGCCUCACGCUUGGUCUCUGGCUCACCACUGCCUGGGUGCUGUCCGUAGCAGAGAGGCAGGCUGUCAAUGCCACCGGGCACCUUUCAGACACACUAUGGCUGAUUCCCAUCACCUUCCUGACCAUUGGCUACGGGGAUGUGGUGCCGGGCACCAUGUGGGGCAAGAUUGUCUGCCUCUGUACCGGGGUUAUGGGUGUCUGCUGCACAGCCCUGCUGGUGGCCGUGGUGGCCCGCAAGCUGGAGUUUAAUAAGGCAGAGAAGCACGUGCAUAACUUCAUGAUGGACAUCCAAUAUGCCAAAGAGAUGAAGGAGUCCGCUGCCCGAGUGCUGCAAGAGGCCUGGAUGUUCUACAAACACACACGUAGGAAGGACUCUGGGGCUGCCCGCAGGCACCAGCGCAGGCUGCUGGCUGCCAUCAGCACGUUCCGCCAUGUGCGGCUGAAACACCGGAAGCUCCGGGAACAAGUGAACUCCAUGGUGGACAUCUCUAAGAUGCACAUGAUCCUGUGUGACUUGCAGCUGGGGCUGGGCAGUUCGCACCGGGCCCUGGAGAAGCGUAUCGAUGCACUGGCAGGGAAGCUGGACACCCUGACUGAGCUGCUUAGCACUGCCCUGAGGACGCAGCAGCUUCCAGAACCCAGCCAGGAGGCCACGUAGCUGGGCACAUGGAAGAACCAGGCUCUUUUCCCCAGAAUUGAAGUCAGGGACAUUCUCCCUUCUACUCCUGACCCAGCUCCAUGAAUUAAAAUCAUCUCAAGUGUGAGAACGGAGGAGGCCCCCACUUUAGGGGUGGUUUGAUUUGACUUGCUGGUGGCUGCUGGAGGGGACACUGGCUGAAAGAGAGAGAUCAUGGUCUCUUUGAGGCACUAAUGGCCACACUACUCCAAUCGCCCUGGACACAAACACCCUCACUGUGCUGCUAGAGACAACUUCCAGCUAGAGACAACCUCCAGGAUCCCAGAGGAGAAGGGGACCACUGGGGGCCCAUAUUCCAGGAUCCUGGGCUGCCUCAGUUACCCAGUUACCUAGCUGGACGGCAGAGCUGACAGAACCAGGCCUCAGCUGGGACGAGGCAGGAGGUGGCACCCCCUGGCGGGAGAGAAAAGAAAACACUAUUUUUCCAGCACUGCAGAGACUGGUGGAGAGAACAUGGAGGGACACGCAGCUCACCAG